AUGGCACAAGCAUUCCCAUACACAUACUACGCCUGCGAUUGCUUCGACAGCAACAGCGUAGCAGGCACAAAACUCUCCUCGCACGUCCUCGCCGCAACCGACGACGAAGAAGAGACGCUCGACCCCCGGAACCCACGCUCCAACUACGCCCUCUACCCGCUCGAGCACCUCCUCUACUGCGAAGACUGCCUGCAAAUCCGCUGCCCACGAUGCGUAAUUGAAGAAACGUUAAACUGGUACUGUCCCAACUGCCUCUUCGAAGUCCCUAGCUCGGUCGUCAAAAGCGACGGCAAUAGAUGCACGCGCAACUGCUUCAACUGCCCCGUCUGCAUAUCACCCAUGGUUGUCAAUCUGCUCGAGAACCCGGACGUCGACCAUAGCACAGCGGACCGGCAUAUCCUGGCGUGUCCGUACUGUCAUUGGAGCACGGUAGAGACGGGCAUCGAAUUUGAGAAGCAUACGGGCGUGUAUUCGCAGAUUUCACGCAUAGCAAAUGGGGGGAAGCCGAUACCGUCGAUCAAGGAGCGAGACAAGGAGCAUUCAAGGAAUCCGCAGGCCUCGUCUCAUGGCUCGACCAUUGUGAAUGCGGGGGGUUACGAGCCGCCGUCACGCGACGAUCUGUUUGCAAAUCUCGCUGCGUUCUACAAGGCGGAAUUGGACGCCCAGACGCCGUCGAAUCCGCUGGAGAUGAACUUUUCCUCGCCAACGGCAUAUUCUCGUAUCAUGAACUUGUACUCGACGUCGACGAAGAAGUCAAAGCGGAGCAAACCCACGUCCAUGAGAGAUGCAGCAUCCGAGUUGGAAGGACUGGUGACACACGAUCCCGCCGCUGAAAACGCAGCAAUCGAGCGUAUCAAACGAGGCGGCUGGGGUGCAACAUUAUCACCCACCCAGAAACUCGCCCAGCCCGACCCCUACGUCCAGUUCGACGACCAGCUCCGCCCCAUCCCAACUCUCCUCUGCACAAAACGCUCCAAGCGCUGUCGCUCCUGCCGCCACAUCCUUGCAAAACCCGAAUCAAAAAUCACAUCGACACGCUACAAGAUCAAACUCCUAGCCUUAAACCACAUCCCCCGCCUCAGCGUCCGCGCCCUCCCACCCCCUUCCAACCCCCCCGUCCCCGCCUUUCCAGGCUCCGUCACAGCACCCGCCCCGCAACCCGCACAACCCCAACCCCAACCCCCUUUCAACUACAACGCCCUCCGCCCAGGCAUUCCAGCGCACUUCCUGCUCCACCUCAGCAACCCCCUCUUCGACCCCAUCCGCGUCACCCUCGCCACCAGCAGCACAACCCCCGGCCGUGUCUCCUCCCGCGUAACCAUCCUCUGCCCCGAAUUCGAAGUCGGCGCCAACACCGACGUCUGGGACGAUGUCCUCUCGUCUUCUCCCGCACCUAUGCCGCGUCGCUCCACCAUCAACGCGGAAACAGGCCAGAUCGAAGCCGGUAAAGUUUGGGAUAAAGGACGCAACUGGACGAGUGUCGCGAUAGAAGUUAUACCGGGUUUUCUGGAUGAGGUGAACGGCGAGGAGGAGGAACUAGAGCCUGAUGAUGAUUUACUUGAGAUUCCUAUCUUUGUGAGGUUGGAGUUCGAGGUGGAUGUUAAUGCCGAGGAGAGGGGGCUUGGGGAUUCGAGGGGGAGUAGGGGGGAGAGGGAGAAGAGGGAGGAGGCGUUUUGGACAGUGGUGGGGGUGGGGAGGAUUGCUAAUGCUUAG